AGCAUCUGUCUCUCUGUACAACUUGUGGGCCACGUGGCUGCCCUUCGCUCACUUGUCCUCCUGCCUUUCACCCCCGACCAGCAUCAGGCUGGAGAUGUCCCAGCCACCACAAGGCUGGCAUGCUUGGCUGGGGCUUGCAUAGUUACUGAGCAGGGGGCAGCCCGCUGCAGGAAAUACCUGCUGGCUCUGUGAGGUCAGGUUGCUUUUGUCCAGUGUUGCAUGCCUGUAAUCUCAGGAGGGAGUUUAUGCAGAUACGUAGCUAUGUGAUUGAAAUAUUUCACAUAGACACACACAUAGACACACACUCACAUUAGGAGAGCGAACUGACUUUUGACAGGAAAAUUGGAAAUGGGAACUGUCAAAGUCCUCUUGGAUAAGUUUUCGUGUGUUUCCUGGUUACCAUCAAUUAGUGGUUCAAUCGGUACCUAUGCCGCUCACUGCCCAGAUACCAAAAGCCCGUAUGACCGGAAUUAGAUAUGGUUUACUUUGAAAAACCAAGCCUCCGGCAACUGCUGAUCUCACACAAUUUCUGCAGCAAUGCAGUGCUCAGCGGUGGAGAAGACUAGUGUUUCCUAGCCUACUGGCCAGCAGCAUCGCUUAUUAUGCAAAACUUGAUCUCCCAGUAAAAGUGGUGUGAUGGGUAGGGGUGCUUGCUGACGUUCUGUUCUUGGCCCAGGAAGAGUUCAGCAUUUCUGAGGCAUUUGACAGCAGAACUGCAGUUAGGUAACUGUAUCCUAGUAAUUCAGCUGCUCUGUGUGCUCUGUUCCCACUGCAGUCUGAACCAGGAAGGCAGCUUGGAGCAGGCUGUACUGCUGCCUCCCUUCCUCUGUCCAUCACUCCUAGAUCUGCCUUGGCUGUUCCCUCCUAAGCAAUUCCCUUAGCCCUUGCCAUAAGUUAUUCCCUCCUUCAUGGCUUUUUCCUCCCCCUUCCUCAGAGCCUCUCCUUCCUCGGCUGUGUCUCUGCCACUGGCAGCCCCUGCAUGGUGCCAAGGUGUCAGCGUGGCAGCGCUCUUGAGCCUGUGCUGUGCGCCACACUGCACUUUUCAUGUGGGUGCACACACUGCUGAGCUGCGACGUGAUCGCUAUAUUGAUAUUAAAGACCCACAGAUUAAUUCUGAAACAUAGGCUGAGUAAAAUCGUCCAGACUCACAAGCCCUGGCUGUCAGUUCACUUCUGUUCUUGAGCCUAUCUGUGGAUGUACGAGCCAGUCACAAGAAUUCCACAUUUGAAACGUUCCACCCUUGUUUAUUACCUUUGCAAUGCACAUUAGUGCUGAAAAGAGCUCCAGAUUUGGAGUAUAAGGUAGUCUUUUGGGGAUAUGAAUGAAUGCUUUGUGCCAUUUUGCAAUUGAGAUGCUGCGUGCUGCAAGUUUGGCUCUUGGCAGAGCUCGUUUUAAUUUCUUGCUCUCUCCAUGCCUCUGAACACAUCCUCUCUGGUUUGACUCAAUGGACUUUGAUUACCUUAGUAUCUUGCAGGGGCUGGUCUUAGUCUAUCAACUCCACACUAAGGAUGGCAGAGGUUCCCAGGAAAAAAAACACUUUAACAUUUGGAAGAAGUUCAACUAACACAGCUAGACCACAGCCCUCAACUUCAGCCCGAGGAAGCCAGUUACGCCUGCAGUUUCCAAAGGGAAUAAGCCUCUUGUGAGAAGCACAGUUAUUCUAAUUUCCUUGCGGCCCAGAAAGAACUACUGAGACAGCAAUGGCGUGGUGGAAGGGCUGGAGUGAAGUGGAGGGCAGGUCCGUAACAGGUGCUUUCAGCUUUGACCCCAAGCCUGAUGCUCAGACUCUGUACAAAGCCAUGAAAGGGCUUGGUACUGAUGAGCAAGCUAUAAUUGAUGUCCUAACCAAGAGGAGCAAUAUGCAGCGUCAACAGAUUGCCAAAUCCUUCAAGGCACAGUUUGGAAAGGAUCUGAUUGAAAGCUUGAAGUCUGAACUGAGUGGCACGUUUGAGAGGCUCAUUGUAGCUCUCAUGUACCCCCCAAUCAAGUAUGAUGCCAAGGAGCUUUAUGAUGCCAUGAAGGGCGUGGGAACAAGCGAAGGUACCAUCAUAGAGAUCCUGGCAUCACGGACAAAAGCGCAGAUCAAAGAGAUAAUCAAAGCGUACAAAGAAGAAUAUGAUUCUAAUCUGGAAGAAGACAUAAAAUCAGAAACAAGUGGCUAUUUUGAACAGAUUCUAGUUUGCCUUCUUCAGGGUGAGAGGGACAAUGCCACUCUUUAUGUGGACACAGCACUGGCUCUCCAGGAUGCAGAGGCUCUCUUUGCUGCUGGGGAGAAGAUACGGGGCACGCAUGAGAUGCAGUUCAUUACCAUUCUGUGCACAAGGAGUGCCACACACUUGCUGAAAGUAUUUGAAGAAUACCAGAAACUUGCCAAUAAAAGCAUAGAAGACACUAUCAAGAGCGAAACUAAUGGUUCACUAGAGGAUGCCAUGCUGGCUAUUGUGAAGUGCACAAGGAGCAUCCACUGCUACUUUGCAGAGAGGUUGUACUAUGCUUUAAAGGGAGCUGGCACCGAUGAUGGGACUCUUAUAAGGGUGAUUGUUUCUCGAAGUGAAGUUGACUUAAAUCUUAUAAAAGCUGAGUUCAAGAGGAUUGCAGGACAGUCCCUCUCCAGCAUGAUUCUGGAUGACACAAGUGGCGAUUACAAGACAGCCUUGCUGAAUCUCUGUGGCAGUGAUGACUGACAAAAUCUAAGAGGAAGAUAUUGAAAUGGAUACAGAGAAAAAAUUAUCUGUGAAUAAGUAUCUGAAAAUGUACAUCUAGAAAAUCUUUCCAUCGAGCCAAGUGGAAAACAUGAUCAGAUUAGAGGUCAAGACUUCCAAAGCUUCCUAAGGGUGGUGGAUGCUCAGUACCCAUUAAA